GCCAUCGCAACGCCUCAGAAUCCACCUUCUGUCUGCAAAGUGAUUUCUAUGCGAGGGCGCGCCUUUUAGAGGUUAUACGGUAGUAGGAAGUAGCUGUGUUCCCAGGGAGCCUUUCGCACUCGCCAAUAAGAAGUGAGCGCUGCGAAGGUUUGCCAGUAACCCCGCUUACCUGCAGGUACCUAUGUAAUGCAAAAUCCAAGAAAGGAAAUGGUUUCUCAGCUCCAUAACCUCUGUGCGCUGGGUGAUACCACAAAGCUGCACACUCUUCUCAGCCAUUCGUCCUCAAUCAUUAAUGAAAGAAGCGAACAUGGGUGGAGCGCUCUCAUGUUUGGUGCUCGGAAUGGACACUUUGAUGUUGUAAAUAUGCUGCUGGAAAAAGGGUGUGACAGAACACUGGUUAAUAAGUCAAACCAGACUGCUUUGGAUAUUGCCAAGUUUUGGGGCCACAAACACAUUGCUAACUUACUGACAAAUACAAGAGGAGGAUCAAAACCCCAUUUUUUAUUAAAUGCUAAAGAAGAACAUGAAAAUUAUUUUAGUAUUACAAUUCUGGACAAAAGAAGUGAUAAGAGGACGGAUAUGAAUUGGCUGAAAUCCAAACAAACUCAGGCCAGCACUGUUUAUAUCCUGUUUUCCAACCUAAACCCACUAGUUCAUUUAGUCGGGGGCAGAGAUACUCCAGAAGAACCAGAAAUCAAGCUUUGCAGGCUUCAGUCCGACGAAGUAAAGGAAUACCUGUUAAACCCUGAAGAUGUCACUCUGAUAUUUCUUGGUGUUGAAAAACAGUGGAAAACGGUUCAUUCCUCAGAUCCCAAAAGAGAUUCUGGUGGGGAAGAUGAUGGACUGAUAGCUUGGUUUGGGCUUAAUGCAGACAAAGUAUCUACUGAACAGUUUGAAAAGAAACAUGAAGGCUGCUAUUUUCUGCAGCCCCCAAUGCCUGCGUUUUUGCAGCUGAACCCUAAAGAAGCAGGGAUAUUAGCCCAAGCAAGAUCCGUUAUGGCAUGGCACAGCCGGUACAAAUUCUGCCCAACUUGCGGCAGUGCAACAACCAUUGAAGAAGGUGGCUAUAAGAGAACAUGCUUAAAGAAUGGAUGUCCUAGUCUGAGAGGGGUCCACAAUACAUCAUAUCCAAGAGUCGAUCCUGUGGUGAUAAUGUUGGUUAUUCAUCCUGAUGGAAACCACUGUCUGUUGGGAAGAAAGAAGAUAUUUCCUGCGGGCAUGUUCUCUUGUUUAGCAGGGUUUAUUGAACCUGGAGAAACCAUUGAAGAUGCUGUUCGAAGAGAAGUUGAAGAGGAGAGUGGAGUAAAAGUUGGCCAUGUUCAGUAUGUAUCAUGUCAGCCAUGGCCCAUGCCUUCAUCCCUUAUGAUUGGCUGCUUGGCUGUUGCAAUAUCCACUGAAAUUAACGUUGACAAAGAAGAAAUAGAAGAUGCUCAUUGGUUCACUAGAGAACAGGUUGUAGAUGCAGUGAUUAAAGGAAACCAUCAUGCAUUAACUGUACCGCCAAGGCAAGCCAUUGCAUAUCAGUUAAUAAAGCACUGGAUCGGAAUGAAUGCCAAUCUGUAAAUUUGUGUGAUCUAAAUAUACAUUUAACAUUUUUAUUUUAAGAACUGAGAAAUGCAGUUUCCAUAGGGAUGUACUAUCAUUGCACCUACAGGAUGAGAAGCAUAAACACUAUAAUCAAUGCAAUAAAUCCCAACUUUAAUAUUUUACUACAAAAUCCUUUUUUGUGCUAAAUUUUCAGGCAGAAUGAAAAUUUAUCUGGAAACCCAUUAUCCAGAAAGGUCCAAAUUAUGGAAAGGUUAUCUCUAUAGAGUCUAUUUUAAACAAAUAAUUUACAUUUUUAAAAGUGAUUUCAUUUUUUUCUGUAAUAAUAAAACAGUACCUUGUACUCAAUACAACUAAGCUGCAUGAAUCCAUAUUGGUGACAAAUUAAUCAUUGGGCUUAUUUCAUGUUUAAAUGCUAUUUAGUAAACUUAAACUAUGGUGAUCCAAAUUAUGGAAAAACCUUUAUCUCAGAAACCCCAGUUUUCAGGGUUUCUGGAUUAGAGAUUCCAUACCUGUAUAUAAGGGCAUAAAUACAACCUUAGUAAUUCAUACUUAAUAAAUAUAUUUAUUAUUUAA